AUGGCAAUGCUGGUUCUCGACUGUCAGGUCAGUGAUUGGGGUCAAUGGAGCGACUGUAAUGCGUCCUGUGGUGCCGGCGUUAUGACACGUUCACGCAAAGUUCUCCAGCCGGCCCAGAAUGGUGGCAAACAUUGUCCAACAUUAUUGCAGAAACGUGGCUGUCAAGGUUUUCGAUGUCAUGGCCAUCAUCGCGAUAAGAAAAUAUUGCGGGAAACUGCCCUACUAUUGCCGGCUGGCUUGUCUCACAGACGUCAAAGCAGGAACAGCAGCAACAAUAAUACCCAGCCGCAUAUUCACCAUGACAACAACAGCAGUAGCAACAACAACAACAGCAAUAACAACAACAGCAAUCAACAAAAACAUCAGCAUCAGCAUGAAGAAGAAUACUGUGUUGAGUUCGAAGUACUGAGAAGUUCCAAGGCCUGUCAUAAGCUGCCACCCUAUAAUUUGCUAAUUGAAGGAGAUCGCAUUGUGGUCCGCUGUGACAUGGAAGCCUACAUCCCCGAUUUUAUGCCAAUGGAUGAAAUGAAUACAACCACCACCACCAGCAAUAACAACAACAAUAUGAAACAUCACAACAGCAACAACAACAAACCCACAUAUAAACAACAAAUACCCAAUACAUCGGCCAUCAUGGAUGCGGAGGAGGAGGAUGAAACGGAUCUGGAUGCCGACAGUGAUGAGAAUCUGAUUGAGGAUAACAGCAGCAGUAGCAGCAGCAACAGCGAUGAGGAGCACGAUGAAUACGAUACGGCAUCGUUGACACAAAAAUUGGGGGCGACAAGUAGCAGUCUGGCAACCGCCACCACCACCACCACAACUGGACGCACCUCGAGCACAACGACAACCCUCUCACCCUAUCCCCCCUUACAGAUACGGCAAUUCCAUUGCCGCGGAGAGGGUCUACCGGGACGUACAACACGUUGGACCGCUCUGGCGGCACCCUCAUGCCGUGGCAAAUGGUUGAGAUUGACACUGGAUGCACCCAAGAAAUGUACACACCCCCAAUUUGCAUUUGUUUAAAUGUGGCCCAAGACGGGGAGCCAUCUGAGAGAGAGAGAGGCCCAUUCAAUUUCAAUUUCAGUUCUAUCGGGGUCCGCAUGGGCGGGAAAAGAAGUUGGAAGAAGAAAACAUAAUUACCACUUUCUACACCAGAUUUAUUUCAGGACACUAUCAUAAUCUGAGUUUUAAGUAGAUUUUAGAAUUUAGUUUGAGAUCCCAUCCUAAUUUAUUUCCCUAGACUGUAAGCGUAACGAUUAUAAAUGGCAUCCACAAAAAAAUGAAGAAAAUAAAUGUUCAUAGCAAGUAA